AUGGCGUGUCCUUUUAUUGAAGAGCCAGUUGAUGUCGAGGCGCAGAUACUCCGCAGACAUCUCCACCGGGAGAGGAUUAUUAGACCCCGAUUGGAUGUUUUAUCAUUCCCUGAUGAGUAUCUGUUUGAGCGGUUUCCAGGUGUGAUUGGCUGCAUAGAUGGCACUCACAUUCCUAUCAUCGCUCCUUCAAUAAAUGAAGGAGAUUAUGUGAAUAGGAAAUCUGUCCACAGCAUUAAUGUGCAGAUCAUAUGUGAUGGAGCCCACAUGAUUAACAAUGUGGAAGCGAAGUGGCCUGGGUCUGUGCAUGACUCACGAAUGUUUCGUGAGUCGACACUGAGUGCCAGAUUUGCCGGUGUAGAGUUCGAUGGUUACCUACUCGGAGACAGAGGGUACCCCUGCCAGCGCUAUCUGCUGACCCCUUACCCUGACCCUGAGCCUGGCCCACAGCGACACUACAACUUGGCUCACUGCAGGACACGAGCCAGAGUGGAGAUGACCAUCGGGAUACUCAAGGCCCGGUUCCAGUGCCUUCGUAGGCUCAGGGUCACCCCAGAGAGAGCUUGUGACAUUGUAGUGGCAUGUGUGGUUCUCCACAACAUUGCCACUAUUAGAGGAGAACAAUGUCCUACUCUUUCCCCCUGUGAUCCAGGUAUUAAUCAUACCCCCCCUGCUGAUACACGAGAUGGAAGAGCUGUUAGAGACAUGAUAUGUGUCAAUCAUUUCUAACUGACCCAUCACCUCCCCAAUGUUCAAGAACGACAAUAUGCAUCUCAUUUUAUGAGGUCUUCUUUAUUUCCUAGAAGGACAAAUUUUGUACAGUUGUUAAUCCUUUGUUGUUGAAACAAUUAAAAAACAUCCACCUGUGGGCACGUCACCCACCUUUAA